AUGUCUGGGAGGUCUCGCUCGUUCUCCCUCCCGGAGAGUGGAACUUGUCUGGCUUCGCUCCUCAAAUCAAACACUAUCUCAACGUCCCAGACACUUUUGAUAUGUCGCCUGGCGAGGGGAGGAAAACCGAAAAAGAGGAACGACGGGAAGAAGAAGAAGAGGGCGAGUUUCUCUGCCAGUCUCUCCAACUUCAAUGCUCCAUUCGCCUUUCUUGAUUCUUUCAUUUCCAAACAUUCGUCCAUUUUUGGAUGCAACAAAAAAAACGAAGAGACUGGUAGAGAGGAGGGAAAUCGAAUUGAGGAGGAGAAGGAAUUGAGAAGUUUUUUCUGCAUGGAGGUAUUUGAAGUGGUACCGAGAGAAAGAUCGAUUCUGAAUUCUUGA